UUUGAUUUGGAGUUUCAAACUGAACGGUAUUUCGACUAGUUAAUGCUUGUUGGCAUGAAUACGAACUAUGGAUGCAAAAAUAUAACACAGUAUAAGUAAAAUAUUUGAAUCGAAGAUAAUAUUUUUACGAUCAAUUGGUUUAUUCGUUUUAAAGUGAAAAAAAAGAAUUAUUGACAUCUGUUGAUUCAUAACAUUCAUUAUUUUUAUAUAUAUAUUUCGUGCGUGAAAAUAAAAUAUUCAUUUUUUCUAAAAAUGAUGACAAAUCACACAGUGUUGCCGUUCAAAGAAUGUUUAUAAAUGAUUCGAUCUAUAAAUAUCAAAACAAAACGCAGAGGGAUUUAAAUUUGGGUCGAGUGCACAUAGAUCGCCCGGCUAGACUAUUUUAAAAUUGCGUGAAUCUUUUAUUUUGACAUUUUAUGUUUAAACAGUUUUAUAUUCGAUAACUAAAAAAUUUGUCUCUUUGUGGAACAAUUUGUUAAAAUUUUAAUAUCAUGGGAAUCAUAUUAUCAAGAUUUCGUAGAAAGAAAACAACAAUUGAAAUUUUAGAAGAUCUUGAUGCGAAAAUUAAAGAAAUAGAAAAAUAUGGACAUAGUACGGAACAAAAACACAAGAAAAUUGUUGGAACUCUAAUAUUAUAUAGUGUGAUACUUUAUAUUAUAACAGCAUUCAUUUUUUAUUUUUAUUUUUUCCCUGCAUCACUAUAUGAUCAAAUAUUCUAUAUCAUUCCACUUUUAAUAUUUCCAAUUCUAAUAUUACUUACAAAAAAGAUGGUAACAUGGUACUAUAAACGUAAAAUUUCUGAAAAUGAAGAGAAAUUAAGUACUAUGCAAUUAGAAAAAAAGAAAAUUUUAGAUGAAGUUACAGAAACUGAAACAUAUAAAAAAGCUAAAGAAAUUUUAUUAAAGUUUGCUCCAGAUCAAUUAUCUCCUCCAACUUAUAAAGUACCAUCACGAACAGAAACACCUCAACAAUCUAGUUCUCCACACAAUAUAAUAUCUCCAGUAUCUCUUUCUGGAGAGUUGAGAAGACGUGUAAUAACAAGCCAAAAUCAACCAUUAAAUCUACAAAGUGGUACACCUGCUAACACUGGCCUUGUCCCAGUUGGCAUAACUCCCACUCAAAAUCCAUCAAAUGCCUCCUUUCAAAGUGGUAUUAAACCAGUUAAUACUCCAAUUAGAGGUUAUCGAAUUCCUUUGCCACGUCCAAUAUUACCUCGGCACAGAACUCACUUGGAUCGAUUAAUUGAUUAUAUUGUUGGAGAUGGUCCAUCUAAUCGAUAUGCAUUAAUUUGUCGAAAUUGUGAUUCCCACAAUGGAAUGGCUCUCAAGGAGGAAUUUGAAUAUUUUGGAUUCAGAUGUUGUUAUUGCAACUUUUGGAAUCCUGCAAGAAAACAGAAACCAUCUAUUCCAAAACCAGAAUGUAAUGUGGGUUUUAGUAGUCCAUCUUCAACUACUUCUGAACAAUUAUCAAAUAAUGCUAAUGUAGAACAGAUAAAACUUACGCGGACGGAAUCAAUUCCAUCAGAUUCAGAUUCAGAUAUCGAAGUAGUUGAACGACCAAUGGAAGCAUUGGAAGAGGCUGAACAUAUUACUGAAUUAAAUAAAAAAUCAUAUGAUGAGCGAAAUGAACCAGAAAAACUUGAAACAAAAGAAGAACAAAAUUAUGAAGAAAGCGUUGAAAAAAUGGAUUUUGACGAAUCUUCGUCUUAACAAAAUAUAUUUUGAAAUUAUUUGCAUCAUGAAAUCUUAUCAAAUGUACUACAAUUGGCGUUGUAGUAUACAUAUAAUUAUAUAGGUAUAUUGAAAAUGUAAAUACUAUAUUACUUACAAACAAAUUUAUGAAAAUAAAGAAAAUCAUAUUUGACAAUAGGUAGUAAUAUAGUAUUUACAAAAGUUACAUAAAUACUAUAUUCUCGUAUUUGAAUGAAAAAUCAUUCCAAAUUAUUC